UUAGGUGCUGGAGAACAGAAGAAUCGAUGGUUUAGUUUAUUUGUGUAUUUUUAUGAUUUCUUUAAGUCAGCUGUUUCCAUGGACUCUACUGGACUAUUUUUCAAAACUCUGAUUAAAAGGAUAUUUGGGGAUUUAUUCAAGCUGACUGAGCUUUUGAACCACAAGACUUUAAAAAAAUAAACCUUGAGGAACUGAGACUGAGGUAUCUUUCAGCACACCUAAAAAUACUGCUGGAUGCUGGAUCGCUCAGAGUGCACGGUGUGACAAUGCCUGUGAUUGUACUAGAGGCCAAAGACUUCACUAGUCCCCUUUUCUUGGUACGCACAUGGGAAGUCCUAUCCACCUGCACAGCGUUCAGUCUUCUCGCCUCCCUGGAUCAUUCUGCAGAAAACUGGAUCUUUAGGAUCUUCUGCAUGUUUUCCUGGUGCUUCUUCUUCACCAUUACCCUGCUCAUCCACAUCCUGAGCAUCAUCCAGUUUCACAGCCUUAUCCCAGUAUCCUGGAAGAACCUAACUAUGACGGUGGCAGUGUUGGGAGCACUGAUGACUUUCAGCACUUCUGUGAUUUUCCCUUGGAUGGUCAUGGAUCGUGACAGUGCGCUGUCGCGCCCUGUGGCCGCUGCGGUGGCAUCCUGUCUCACUUUUCUGGCCUACACCUCAGAGUCGGUUGUGCUCCGCACCCAAGCGCACGAGCAGAGAGGCUACAUGGCCACCAUGCCGGGUAUCCUCAAGAUUGUCCAGCUUUGGGGGGGCUGUCUGAUCAUACCUCUGGUUGUGGCGGUGGUCCGUGAACUGCCUAAUGGAGUACCUCAAUGGCAGCUAUGGGUCUCUGCUGUGUCAUAUGGUGUCUGCAUCCUCAUGUCUGUAGUCACACUGGUGGUUAUAUUAGGUGACUUUGCUGGGCGAUGUCUCCUGCCUUUUGACAGAUUUUUGGCUGGCUUCACCCUAAUUGGAGUGCUGCUCUACAUGUUGGCCACAGUGAUUUGUUUUACCAAGAUACUGCAGCUGAAUGAAAGCAAACAUGGAGGCAUGAAACCACAGCUGGUUAUUAUGGAAACAGUUGUUUCCAGUAUUACACUCUUAGCUUACACAGUGGAUCUCGCCUUCUCCAUUAAACUGUUGUGUGACAGGAGUCAUAUGUGAAGGUCCUCAUAUAUUGUGUGUUUAGGAGAAAAAUGUGCCUUUGUAACAGCCAAACCUGAAUGAAUGUUUAUGUUACUGUUUGAUCAAGACAUCUUUCCUGGCCUAUGAAUUAACAGGACACUCACUGACUUUACGGACAUAAUAACAUGUUGCAUGUAUGGUAAUCGUUACAUCAGUAACUUGCUGAGGAUUUACAGACGAUGCUUAAAAUACAACCUGUAAAUGUGAUAUUUAGAUUAAAGGGUCUAAAAAAUGA